AUGUCCAAAUCCAUAACAGCAAAAGAAGUAAAAGACCACGCNAACCCCGAGACAGGCCUCUACAUCAUCAUCGACGGCGGCGUGUACUCGAUGGCCGAAUUCGCAGACGAACACCCUGGUGGCUCUAAGAUUCUGAAGAGGGUGGGCGGAAAAGAUGCGAGCAAACAAUUCUGGAAGUAUCACAAUGAGGGUGUGUUGAAGAAGUAUCAGGGCAAGCUAAAGAUUGGUGAGCUCAAGGAGGAAGCGAAACUCUGA